UGACACGCCCAUAUAAACAAUUUUUGACUGAGCCGAGUUGUCAAGCCUUUUCGCUGUUUUAAUUCUUGUGCCGCCAGCUGUUUUUAGAUGGUAAUAUGAAUGGAGUGCUAUGAUAAGAUCACAACAUUGGGCCAAGGGGGUGGCGGUGCAGUCUAUCUGGUCAGGCACCAAAUAACCAAAAAAUUACUUGCUUUGAAGAAGAUUCAGUUGGAUGAGAAAAGAAAGACAAGAACCAGAGAUGCAGUCGAGAGAGAAGCAAAAAUCUUGGCCCAGCUGAGGCAUCCCCAUAUCGUCACCUAUCAUGAUUCUUUCUUCGAAGAGGUUCCAGAGUCCGUCUAUCUCUGCAUAGCUCAGGACUACUGUGAUGGUGGUAACCUAGAUGAGAGGAUACAGACGGCCAAGCACCGAGGAAAACCGUUUGAUGAGGGACGUAUCAUGCAAUGGUUUAUCCAACUCGUCAUGGCUGUACAGUACAUACACUCCAAAAAGAUAUUACACAGAGAUCUAAAAACACAGAAUGUCUUCCUCACAAAGAAUGAUGUCGUCAAGCUAGGUGACUUUGGAAUAUCUAGAACAUUAGAACACACCGUAGACAAGGCCAAGACCUGUGUUGGGACCCCAUGCUACCUUAGUCCAGAACUAUGCCAGGACCAACCCUAUAACAACAAGUCUGAUGUUUGGGCUCUUGGUUGUCUCUUGUACGAGGUGUGUGCGUUUGAGCCGGCGUUUGAUGCUCACAAUCUUCUUAGUCUGUAUUACAAGAUCGUCAAAGGUGAUAACCCGAUUAUUCCGUCCAUGUACUCUACCGACCUUCAAGGAUUAUUAGCGUUCAUACUAGAAAAGGAUCCAGAUAAACGUCCAAGUGCUACAACGAUACUCUCACAGGAUUACAUGCAAACCCACCUAAGUAACUUUAUUGCAGAAAAAGAGCUUCUGCAGCAGCAGCUUGCAACGACAAAAGCCACCAGACCACCGACAAGCUCCUCCCCCAUAGCGAGGUCAAAGGUCACCAGUGUCGCAAACACAUCCAGGAACCGUCCAAUGUCCGCAAGUCACAGGACGAGGGCAUCUUUGCAAACGUCUAAACCUGACCGCUCUCCACCCAGGAGUAAGUCAUCUCUAGCUAUGCUGCCCUCUAUGCCACGGUCAUACACAGGGGAAGCCAUGAAGGAAUCACCAGGUCUACCUCCCAUUAUCCGUCCGCCUCUCGAACCCAGCGAAUCGGGCGACUACCCCGACGACUUUGACAGUAGCGAUGAUGAACGGGAUAGACCGGAUCUAACUAGGAAUAAUGAAGCACGCCCUCUGGUGAAAGCAUCGAGACAGGAAUCUGAGAUGGAUUUAGAAAUACCGGAAGAAUGCGAGUCUCCUCUCAACUCCGAUGAAGAUAUACCAGAGGAGCUAGAGGCGGAGGACGAAGGAGAAGAGAGCUUGAUAGAAAGAAGAACUGAAAGAACAGAAGAAGGAGAAGAGGAGGAGUAUGCAAGUGAUUUUGAAGAUGAUGAUGAGGUUCUUGAGGAUAUUCUGAGCAAUGCAAGGACUGCGGCCAACGUUGAUGUUCAGAAUAGUGAUGAGGACGAUAGCUUUGAAGAUUCCACCAACCUCUCAGAUGACAUCACAAGCUGUCGACAACUUUUAGCAGAUGAAUGCAGAGGUGUUCUGGGAAAUGAUAUCUUCUCUGAGAUUGAAUCUAAAAUUCGGGAGAAUCGAGGGAAAGAUCUUGAUCCCGAUCAACUAAGACUUCAGUUUGAGGAAGCCAUUGGCAGUGAAAGAAUGGAAACAUGCUACCUUCUUAGCGAACUUCUAUCUGAGGUUGAUGAUACUCAAAGUAGAAAGAUGGGAACAUUACCAGUCUCAUGAUAUAUUUAGUAAUUUGAAAGAAUGGUAACCUGCUAUCAUCUUAGAGAAUUUCUAUCAGAUGUCAUGAUACAGAAACUAGAAAGAUUGAAUCGCUACCAGUCUUAUGUUAUGUAUUCAGUGAUUUGAGAGAAUGGUAACAUGGUCCCUUCUGAGUGAGAUUCUAUCAGACAUUAAUGAUACAGAAACUAGAAAGAUGGGAUCGCAACCGGUCUCAUGAUAUUCAUUCAGUGAUUUGAGAGAAUGGUAACCUGUUAUCGUCUAAGUGAAUUUCUAUCAGAUGUUAAUGAUACAGAAACUAGAAAGAUGGGAUCGCUACCAGUCUUAUGACAUGCAUUCAGUGAUUUGAGAGAAUGGUAGCAUGGUCCCUUCUUAGUGAGCUUCUAUCAGAUGUUAAUGAUACAAAAACUACAAAGAUGGGAUCGCUACCAGUCUUAUGACAUGCAUUCAAUCAUUUGAGAGAAUGGUAGCAUGGUCCCUUCUUAGUGAGCUUCUAUCAGACAUUAUUGAUACAGAAACUAGGAAGAUGGGAUCGCUACCAGUCUUAUGACAUGCAUUCAAUGAUUUUAGAGAAUGGUAACAUAGUCCCUUCUUAGUGAGAUUCUAUCAGACAUUAAUGAAACAGAAACUAGAAAGAUGGGAUCGCAACCAGUCUUAUGACAUGCAUUCAAUAAUUUGAGAGAAUGGUAACAUGGUCCCUUCUAAGUGAGAUUCUAUCAGACAUUGAUGAUACAGAAACUAGAAAGAUGGGAUCGCUACCAUUCUUAUAUUAUGUAUUCAGUGAUUUGAGAGAAUGGUAACAUGGUUCCUUCUUAGUGAGAUUCUAUCAGACAUUAAUGAUACAGAAGAUUGGGUUCACACCAGUCUUUUUGUAGGCAUACAGUGAUGUGGUAAGAAUCAUUGCCAGUAUUUAACUUUCAUGAAUUCAUUCCAGAAAUUCCAUCUAUGUUUUCAGUAAUCUUCCUUUAUUUCACCUUGCUUCGUUUCAUUCCAAAGUUUUUAUAAAACUUCUUUCAAUAACUAUGUCUUUCAAUUCUAUUAUGAAAUAAGAAUCAUUGUAAGAAAAAUUGUGAAAAUUAAUAGAAAUAUAUGUAUGUACUGUAUAUGUAUGUAGUUGCAUAUGUACAGGCUUUAGAUGCUUAUUGUUGUUGGACCGUAUUCUGAACUCGGGUUUAAAUUAAACCCUGGUUUAAAGUUGUGGUUUAACUAUGGAGAGCCAACUGGGGCACAAAUCCCUAACAGUAUACAUCCAAUUUAUUAACUCAUAUAACACACAAAUUAUUCAUAAUUGUCUGGGAAUGAUAAAUGAAGUAUUUUGAAGUAUUUUUCUUCAUUAUGAAAGCAAAAUAGUAAACAUAAGAAAUAUACAAUAGAAACAUAAUUUUUGGCUCCCCAUAAUUUUAGCACAGACUUAGACCAUGGUCUAUUAGUUAAACCUGACUUCAGAAUACGGACCGUUGGGUUUAAUUGGAGAUUGGUUGAUUAUUACUAUUAUACCUUGAUAUGAGUUGAGAUGGUGCAAGUUAAUAUAAUUCAUAUUUCAUCAAGUUUUUUCAACGUUUUUAUCUUAGUAUUCUAUAAUAUACAUGUAUGCUUUCAGUGGCGGAUCCAGGUUGAAGUAGAGGGGGUGCCGGCGACAAUUUUCUUCAAUUUAGCAAAAGUAGUAUAAUGGAUGUUCAAUGGGUGAUUCUUAAGGCGACCGCACACCUUACGAUUGGUCUGCGACCCGAUUUCAGAAUAAAAUGUAAUAGAAUGUGAUGCUAAUAUUGAGACUUUGAAUAUCUUACUGUGUAAUGUUCUAAAUCAUCGUACGAAUACCUAUAUUCAAAUCAGUGACUAUGCUAUCAUCCUUCUUAGAAUAAAAGCGAAUUUAAUAUCUAGUCGUAAUGACGUCAUAGCAGUCGUUCGAUUGGUUACGAUUUGAAACUAAUUUUGCCUUUACUCCAAAAUAAAGGCUUGCAAUCUUUCAAAAUGGUUAUAUUAGUAUUCUUUUAAUAAAUUUUAACCUCAAGUAAAAUGAUGUUCCAUUCACAUUUUCAGAAAAUGAGCAAAAUGCGAUUUGUUCCAAAAUCGGAUCGCGAACAGUCGUAAGGUGUGCGGUGGCCUUUAAAUAUAGAGGGGCGUGCACCCCUUGUGCCUUUGUCAGAAUCCACCACAGUGCUUUUACUAUAUUCUGUCUUCUUCAUAAUAAAUUAUGCAGAGAACAUUAAAAUUGAUUCAUAUUAUGCUGCACUGAACCCAUGUGAGGUGAAUGGGUACGUGGCAGGAAUUUAUUCCUUGAAAUGCUUGAAGAAUAAAAUUGCUUGUAUAGCAUAUAUCACUGCCUUGGCGUCCCUACAUGUACAUGUAUAUGUCAAGAUAACAACAUCUAAGUUCCUUGGAAAGCACAUAGAGAAGUUAAAAGUAUGUGAUAUAUAUAUGCACUUCAUAAGAAUUGUAUAUUAUCAUUGAUAUAGAUUACACUACUUCCUGUUACUUUCUUGUUUUAUCAUUUUCUUUGUGAAACUUUUAUACCUGAAAGCUGUCAAUAGACUACUGCUUCAUAUAACGUUAAAGGACGAUUGAAUUUUUAUACGCCCGUCUAGACGGGACGUAUUAUGGUAUCACGCUCGGUGUCCGUCCGUUAUCUUUUACUUGUAAACACGAUAACUUCAGUUUGACUUAACCUAGGCUCAUAUAAUUUGAUGUGUAUGAUACUAGCAUGAAUCCCAGGAAGCCUAUUGAUUUUGAGAUCAAAAGGUCACAGUGACCUAUUUUCAUCUUACCCUUCUGCAGUCCUUGAAAACACGAUGACUUCAGUUUAACUUAUUCUAGGCUCAUAUAAUUUGGUGUGUAUGAUACUAGCAUGGAUCCCAGGAAGCCUAUUGAUUUUGAGGUCAAAAGGUCAAGGUCACACUGACAUGUUUUCAUCUUACCCUUCUGCAGUCCUUGUAAACGCGAUAACUUCAGUUUACUUAAUCUAGGCUCAUAUAAUUUGGUGUGUAUGAUACUAGCAUAGAUAUCAGCAAUUCUAUUGAUUUUGAGGUCAAAGGUGAAGUCGCCACCUUCCACUUGUUUGACCAAUAACUCAAUUUUUUGCGUUACAGGCGGGCGUAUUAUGUGCUCGCCUUAGCGACACUCUUGUUUAAAUAAGUGUGAAUUUGUUCAUGUUAUGUUCUUUGUUUUGAACAGUGUGAAAAUCGUUCAAUCAGUUUUAAUGAUCUGACUGCAACUUAAGUUGAUUUGUAGGGGAAGGUGAGGUUCUUAAUAAUGCAAUAUGUUUCUGUGUUUGUUCCCAAUCAAAAUCCAUGUAUUUGACACAGAGUCAAAGUCAAAUGUUUUUUUCAGUACUUUAAAUAUACAUGUAAAAAAUGCAAAACAAAUUUGCCAAAAUCAUUUUUCUUUUUGGGGUAAUCUUGAAUGAAAUGCCUGUAUUAUGCGUAUGUGAAAGGUGAGGUUUUUUACCCCUCAUGCCCUUAAUUUCAUGUUCAGAUUAAAAUGAGGGGUAGGAGGACAAAACCAGAAUUUGAUGACCAUAUAUGGUCCCAAUUCGCCCUUUUUGUAGUUUAAAAAAAAAAGUAGAGAGGAAAGUUGAAGUAAAAGAAAAAUAAAACGGAGGAGGGGUAAGUAGAAGAAGAAAGGGAAAUAAAUAUAAUAAUAAUAGUAUUGCAUUUAUAGAGCGCUUAAAUAUCAAGAUCUCUAAGCGCUCUACAUUAAUUAGAAGACUUAUUGAAUUACGAUCAUUUUACAUUCUAUAUUAUUAUGUUAACAUUAAAUAUACAAAAUAUCAAAAGAAAAUGACUGAGAAGAAGAAGUUGGAGUAUCUUUUUUAUCCUACUUUUCCCCAUUCUAAUACCAUAUUUUUUAUCAAUUUUUUAAAAUAUCUUAUAAGGAUAGCAUAAAUUUAUUUCUUUACCGUCCAUUAAGAUGUACAUGUUUAAUGUGAAUGCUGUACGUACCUACAUGUAUAAAUUAAAUGCAAUUAUAUAUCAAUAACAUCUGUAUAUAAUAAAGAUAUGUAUAUAAAGAAUAAAGAGUGAAUUAUAAUUAUAUGUCAAUAUUA